AUGACAGAACGAUUCCGAAAGAUCCAUAUGAUCGACGACCAUGUGAUGCUUGCUUUUGCUGGUCUUUCGGCCGACGCGCGUGUGCUCGUCGAUCGCGCUCGCAUCGAAUGUCAAUCGUACAAGUUAACCCUUGAAGAUCCUGUGACAGUGGCAUAUAUUUCGAGGUAUAUCGCAAAUACCAAGCAGCGUUUCACACAAUCUCCUGGUCGUCGGCCGUUCGGAAUUUCGAUGUUAAUUGGUGGAUUUGAUUUCGAUGGUCAUCCACGGCUCUUUAAAACGGAACCUUCUGGUGCCUACUAUGAGUAUCUGGCUAAUUCUACUGGUCGUGGUGAGAAACCCGUUCGUGAGUACUUGGAAGAACAUUACGGAGAUGACACUAUAAAGGACGAGGCAUCCACUCUCAAACUUGUAGUUAAGGCCCUUUCUCAGGUAGUUCAAUCGGGUGCUCAAAAUAUUGAGAUUGCAGUCAUGAAGAAAACCAAUGUU